UUUUCACCUUUUCCCCACUUUUCUUCUCCCUCUCUCUCUCUUGCUUGGUGAACCCUGUCGCAUCACCUUCCGUCUCUCUGCUUAACAAAAGCUCUCCCCUCCAUCGCUUUGAAGAUUAAUUAUUUGAUCACAAAAUUAAGAGCCAGAGAGGAAGAAAGAUCAUCACUAUAGAAGAAAAAAGGAGAAGAAGCUAAUUAAGAGGGCUGGAGGAGGAGAAAAGAUGAGUUCGAAUAAUAUGGGAAGUCAAUUUGGAGACGCAACUUACACCAAGGUGUUUGUUGGGGGCUUAGCAUGGGAGACCCAGAAAGAGACCAUGAAGAAAUAUUUCCAACAGUUUGGAGAGAUCUUGGAAGCUGUAGUUAUCAUAGACAGGAAUACAGGAAGAUCCAAAGGAUAUGGAUUUGUAACUUUUAAAGAAGCAGAAGCCGCCAGGAGCGCCUGUGAGGAUCCUGCGCCUGUGAUAGAUGGUAGGAGGGCAAACUGUAAUCUUGCUUCUUUGGGUGUCCAAAGAUCUAGACCUUCCACCCCACAACAUCGAGGGGGCAGGAACUUUAAGGUGUUGAAAUCAUUCCACACAGGAUUUCAAGGUGGGGUUGGAACGCUACCUUUUCCUUCUACAACAACUCCUCCACAUUAUGCCAUCCAACAAGGAAUCUCCUAUACUCUCUAUGGGUACUCUCCCAACUACACCUGUCCAUGAGCUACUAUGGCUCAUGUGGAGGAACAGGCAGCCAUUAUCUUGUAUAUGGGACACUAGCAAAUGGCAUAUAUGCUAGUUCAAAUUCAAAUUUCUACCCAUACAUGCAGUAUGGGUGGGGGUUUGAUUGCCAGUAUCCUCAGCACCACUUCAAGUAUCCGAUUGUUGCUUCAUCUGGUGUCCCUCCACAGCACUAUAGCGCACCAAUUUCCCUAAAUGCCAUUCCACGUUCUCAGGCAGCUGGUCUGCGAACAUAUACAUAUACUCUAAUUAAUUCCUUCUAGGUAAUGCAUUUAAUUUCCUAAUACAUAUUACUUAUUCUGCGGUUCUGCCAUUGCGUUCAAUUUUAUUGCAGGUGCAAGUGUAAGCGCAGCUCUAGCUGCUCCAACUCCAACCGUUGCCACCUUGGCACCCAAUUAUCCUGCUCAGACGAACUCUCUUCUCCCUAUGAACAGCGUUUGAGUUAUUGCCACUUGAUCAUGACUGAUCACGGUUCCUCUCAAUCUUUCUCCUUCUGUCUCUCUCAAUUCCAUGCAUAUAAGGUCUCCUUUGAUUCUCUCCUCUACCCCUAGUCUAAAAACUUUUAGUCUUCAUCCAUCAGCACUACAUCUUGAGUUGAGAGGGGGACAUUUUAAGUAUUUAAACCAUUUUUGGAUAAUACCUUUAUAAUUUGUCUAAGAUGGACUAUAUUAUAUAGAAACAAGUUCUCGGGAUGGGAAACAGUACAGGACUGUAACUCACAUUCAUUAGAUCACCCUAUAACAUCCAGAUGCAGCGUGGGUUUUCAAAAUCUGGGCGUGGAAUGCCCAAUAGGCUGUUUUUGCUAACAUCAAUAGGGCAGUUAGCUCUUCCUUUUUACAUCCUUUCCUCUUCCCUUUUGGAAAGGGAAGAUAUCAAUUCUUUGAUCAUCGAAUUGUAUUUCUUUCUCAGUUUUAGUUGUAAAGUAUUGGUUGUGGUUAAACAACUGGGGCCGAGGUCUUGGCAGAUAUGUAAGAGCUUUUGCAUGCUUUUGUGAAAAUCUCACUUGUAGUAAGUGUUUGUGUGUUUCUUUUUCUUCAUGCUAAUUACAGCUGAGACAACCUGAGGAGAUAUUUUGGUCCGAUCCUUAGGGUUUAAUUUCUAUCUAACUCACGGCCGUACGUGGUUAUGGCCAAAGUUGAUUUUGACUGCUAGCUUGCUACUGCCUCCUGCCCUUAUCUCAUCAACUCUCUCUCUCUCUCUCUCUCUCUCUCUCUCUCUCUCUCUCAUGGAUGUAUUUCUAAUGAGAGAUAACAUAUAUUUCAUUGUUGUCAAGUUUGGUUUGUUAUAGCUCUCUCUCUCUCUGUUCUACGAAUCAAAAGAUAUGUACUCGUUUAUGAGUCUGAAGUUUGGUUUGUAAUAAGUGGCCAUGUGAUUGCACCAGUUUAGCGUUUCAAAUUUAGCAUUUGAAGUUCUUCCUGAAAGUCCUAAAAUUGAGGGACAAAAACUCCUAUAUGGAUAAAGAGAGUAGUUUAUUUUAUUGUUAAACAGGGUCGUGUAGGAUUAGGAAGAGGAAAGACUAUGUCUUGUGUUAGUCUAAGCUCAAUAAACCUAAAAAGAAAUUUUAUUGUAGUCAUUUCUAUUAGUCUACAAAUG